AUGGCCUGGAACUCACCCAAAGUCGGCAUCCUCGGCGGUGGUCAAUUAGGACGCAUGCUUACAGAAUCCGCAAACAGACUCAAUAUUGAAGUGCAUGUAUUAGACGCUGCGAAUGCGCCUGCAAAACAGAUUAGCGCUCAUGACAACCAUACAAUCGGCCACUUCAACGAUCAGGAAUCAGUGCAAGAACUGGCCAAGACUUGUGAUGUUGUAACAGCCGAAAUUGAACAUGUCAACACUUAUGCGCUCGAAGCUGUUGCUUCGCAAGUCAAGAUUGAGCCCUCUUGGCAAUCCAUUCGAAUUAUUCAGAAUAAAUAUGACCAAAAGAAACACUUGUCGAAGUAUGAUAUCCCAAUGGCGGAUUAUCGAGAGCUUGUUGAGAAUACCCCAGAAGAGCUUGCCAAGGUUGGUGAGUAUUUGGGUUAUCCCAUGAUGCUCAAAUCAAAGACACUUGCAUAUGAUGGUCGAGGAAACUACCCAGUCAAGACCAAGGAGGAUAUUCCAGACGCCCUUGAGGCACUCAAGGAUCGGCCAUUGUAUGCCGAGAAAUGGGCCCAUUUCAAAAUGGAACUGGCUGUGAUGGUCGUCAAAACCAAGGACAGUGUACUAUCCUACCCUACAGUCGAGACUGUUCAAGAAGACUCUAUCUGCAAACUCGUCUAUGCCCCGGCCCGCAAUGUCUCUGAUGCCAUCAACAAAAAGGCCCAAGAGCUCGCUCGUAACGCCGUAGCCGCCUUUGAGGGCAAAGGUGUUUUUGGCGUAGAGAUGUUCCUGUUGGAAGAUGACUCGAUCUUGCUAUGCGAAAUCGCCAGUCGAGUGCACAAUUCCGGCCACUACACGAUCGAAGGCUGCGGUCUUUCUCAGUUCGAUGCUCACAUGCGCGCUAUCUUGGAUUUGCCCAUACCGCCUAAGAGCUUGGAGCUUCGACAACCAUCUAUCAUGCUCAACAUUAUUGGUGGAGCUACUAGUGAUUCCCAUUUGCGUGUUGCUGAGCACGCUCUCUCAAUACCGAAUGCUAGCAUUCACCUAUACAGCAAAGGCGCCGCACGACCGGGUCGCAAAAUGGGACACAUCACCGUCACUGGUGCGACCAUGUACGAGGCCGAGACAGAUAUUCAGCCAUUGAUUGACCUCGUCGACAAUAUCCGUGCUGAGCGCAGCGACAUUAAAACCGCUGCUGUCAAAUCCAGCGCCGCAAAACCCACGCCUACUGUUGGCGUCAUCAUGGGUUCGGAUAGUGACUUGAAGACGUUGGUUCCCGGUCUCAAGCUGUUGAGAGAUUACUUUGGUAUCGAUCCUGAAGUGGACAUUACCUCUGCUCAUCGGACCCCAGAUUAUAUGGCUGAAUAUGCCUCCAAGGCUGCGUCUCGGGGUAUCAAGGUUAUUAUUGCGGCUGCUGGUGGUGCCGCUCAUCUGCCUGGUAUGGCGGCUGCGCAUACUGCUCUGCCUGUUAUCGGUGUUCCAGUGAAGGGCAGUGCAUUGGAUGGUGUUGACAGUCUGUACAGCAUUGUGCAAAUGCCACGAGGUGUCCCCGUCGCCACAGUCGGCAUUAACAAUAGCAUUAACGCCGCGUUAUUGGCAGUGCGCAUUCUGGGCUCAUAUGAACCCACCCUCCAACGCAAAGUCGAGGAGUACGCGGCCAGCGCCAAGUCAGAGAACCUCGAUAUCAAGGGUACCAAGAUUAAGGAAAUCGGAUGGGAAAAGUAUUUCGCGCAGAUGUGA